GAGAGAAAGAGAGAGAGAGAGAGAGAGAGAGAGAUGCAGAAGAGAGAGCAAGGGAAGCAAGUCGGAGCGUCGGGUGGUUCCGCCACCCCGGCGACGAAGAGAGGCCGUCCAUUCGGCAGUGGAAGCAGCAACGCGGCCGCUGCUUCUGCCGCAACCGCAGCCGAUUCGGUUGCUCCACCCACACUCCUUGGCCCUUCUCUCCAAGUCCACUCCUCCUUCGCCGAUCAAAAUAACAAAAGGAUAGUUCUGGCUCUUCAGAGCGGAUUAAAAAGUGAGCUGACAUGGGCAUUAAAUACUCUUACACUGCUCUCAUUUAAAGAAAAAGAUGAGGUGCGCAAAGAUGCAACUCCUCUUGCAAAAAUACCCGGAUUACUAGAUGCUCUUCUUCUAGUGAUUGAUGAUUGGCGUGAUAUAGCCCUACCGAAGGAGCUUGUAAAGAAGCAAAGGGUGAGACUGUUGGGUGCUAAUUCUGUUGUUACUGGAUUUGGGAAUGAAUAUGAAGUACUGAACUCAAAUGAUGUUGUUCCCCGUCCUAGCCUGGGAUCUGAUUCUUCUGUUAUAGAGACACCGGUGCAGAAGAGUACAACAAAGCAUCAUCCUGCAGCGUGGUGGUUUGAUGAAGAUGGCCUAUUUAAUCUGGAUGACGAAGGGCGGGCAGAAAAGCAGCAGUGUGCUGUUGCAGCUUCAAAUAUUAUCCGUAAUUUCUCUUUCAUGCCAGAAAAUGAGGUCAUAAUGGCUCAACAUCGGCACUGCUUGGAAACAGUGUUUCAGUGUAUCGAAGAUUACGUUACAGAGGAUGAGGAACUUGUUACAAAUGCUGUUGAGACGGUUGUGAAUUUGGCCCCAUUGCUUGAUCUUCGAAUCUUUAGCUCAUCCAAACCUUCGUACAUCAAUAUAACAGAGAAGCGUGCUGUCCAAGCCAUCAUGGGGAUACUGGGAUCUGCUGUCAAAGCCUGGCAUUGUGCAGCUGCCGAAUUACUGGGGCGCUUGAUAAUAAAUCCUGAUAAUGAACCUUUUAUUCUUCCUUUUGCUCCGCAGAUGUACAAGCGUUUAGUUGAUCUUUUGAGUCUUACAGCUACUGAUGCACAAGCAGCUGCUGUUGGUGCACUUUAUAACCUUGCAGAAAUUAAUAUGGACUGUCGAUUGAAGCUUGCCAAUGAGCGAUGGGCAGUUGAUCGACUGUUGAAAGUGAUUAAGGCACCACAUCCGGUGCCAGAAAUUUGCAGAAAGGCGGCAAUGAUAUUGGAGAACCUUGUCUCUGAGCCACAGAACAGGUCCCAGCUGCUAGCUUAUGAGAAUGCAUUUGCAGAGAUACUUUUCUCAGAUGGAAGAUAUUCUGAUACAUUUGCCAGGAUACUAUACGAACUGACAUCUCGACCCAGCAAUAAAGUGGCGACAGCUCGCGGUAUUUGGGGCAUGUAAGUGCAAACCUGCUUUUAUUUUGAUUUUUUUGGAUUUGUGUCUUAAUAGCAUUCAAGAAAAUUGGUAGCUGAUUCUCCUAAUGUGUAAGUGAACAUAUUUGCUAACUCGUAUAUGUACCAGUCAUAUUUGCAAGCAAUAUUCCCUUUUAUGUUAGCUGUGUGCAUUCUGGGCACAGAUGGGGGCACUGAUAUGGAUAUACUCUUUUAACUAAUGAUGG